UAGUAGGCGCUAUAGAGAGGGUAGGUUUAGGAUUAGGAUUGGUAGGUCGGAUAAGUAUAAUACAUAUUGCCGUCUAUCACGAGUUUUCGAGUAAAUGUCAUUCGAUGUUUACUGUAAGUGUUCUAAUAAAUCGUGAAUGAAUCAGAUUAACCGCUGCACUGAAAAGAUCCGACUCAAAAGAACAAUUCGUUCACAAAGCUACUCCAGGCUGCUUCAAUGGGGCUCUGAAACCACGAGCAGUCAGAUAGACAUGUAUUGAUAAUAUCUUGCGGUAUUUAGCUAAAAGCGGUUUGCUGUUCCCUGAAAACACCUGACUGCUCUCGAUAAGCCGUCAAAAUGAUGCGCUUUAUGCUUCUGUUCAGCCGGCAGGGGAAGCUGCGUCUCCAGAAAUGGUACACGGCUACGGCUGAGCGUGACAAGAAAAAGAUGGUCAGAGAGCUCAUGCAGGUGGUGCUGGCCAGAAAACCUAAAAUGUGCAGCUUCCUGGAAUGGAGAGAUCUAAAGAUAGUCUACAAGAGGUAUGCCAGUCUAUAUUUCUGCUGUGCGGUGGAGGAGCAGGACAAUGAGCUGAUUACCCUGGAGGUCAUCCAUCGCUUUGUGGAGCUGCUGGAUAAGUACUUUGGCAGUGUUUGUGAGCUUGACAUAAUUUUUAACUUUGAGAAAGCUUACUUUAUCCUGGACGAGUUUCUUAUGGGGGGAGAAAUUCAGGACACAUCCAAGAAGAGCGUGCUCAAGGCCAUCGAACAGGCCGACCUUCUGCAAGAGGAGGAUGAGUCACCCAGGAGCGUCCUAGAGGAGAUGGGGCUGGCCUAAUACUUGUUUCGAAAUGCAGUCAGCAUGGAUGGUAAAUUUUGGUACUACUGCGACACAUGGGCUAUGUGAAGGGGAGUUUGUGAAUGGGUCCAAAGGUUGGGAGGAGAACAGGGGAAAAAGAGGGUAGGUAGGGGUAAUUUUGGUACUACUGAGAUCAGCAUGUGAUUGUAUUUCAAUUCCAACCUUUUUUUUUUUGUCUUUUACAUGUUAAAAUGGCUGCCUAGCUGGGAUCUUCUCUUGCUUAAGAGAAACUGUAGAAAGAGAGUUAGACAGCAGAUAGACACUCAAAUUAAGCAAUCAGAAGCAUAUUUAGAAAAAGGAGUUUUAACAACAGGUCAUGCAAUCUCAGCUUUUAUUUCAAAGAGUGAUUUAUUGUUACAUUGAUCAAGUGGACCUGUAAAAGCUAUCUGUAGUAGAUAAAAACCUCAAACUGAAUCUUCCUAAAUGCCAUUACUAUACAUCUGCUGUAGCUGCUCAGGAAACAAUGACACUGACCAUCCAGCCAUGUUUAUUUGUGUGAGAUGCAAAUAUUUGUACUUGUACCACUUUAAAUUAAGUGCUAUCGCCGCAUAUGGACCAUAAGUAAAUCUUCGAAUGUUUUUUUUCUAAUGGACCGAUUUUGAGGAUAUGUUCCCCAAACGGGAGGAAUAUUAAAUAGACCUUUUUAAAUGGCUAUAAUACUGAAUGGACUAUAUUAUGCAGUCUAUUCAUUCUGUUCUGUCCCUUGAGCCACUGUAGUAAAACGUCUGAAUGUGUACUUUGAGAACAGGGCACAGAAUCUCAACCACAAAAUGGCACUGAAGCUCUUUCCUGUUUAUCUUGGUCUACAUCCUGCUUUCCAAAGAUGUGUUCCUGACUGUAAGCAUGGCGGGGGAGUUGUAAUAAGUAAGGGAGUAUUUGUAGCUUGUUUCAGAUAACUAAAGAGGGCUUUGAUAUUAAGUGUAAUGUAUUUACAAACUUUUUAAACGUGGUGUGAAAUAAGGGAAUAUUUUGAAAUGAACUGUCUUUCUUUUUUUUAAGCAAUUGAAUAAUUCCGCAUGAGGGCAUGUUUAAACCUGUGUUAAAUCUGUCAGGUAACUAAAACAGAAUUAUGUUUGAAUGUAAUUUUAUAAAUAAUAAAAGACAAUUUUAGCCUAAA